AAGGACUCUACCUUCCCUUUAGUUGUCAAGCCACGGGAUGGCUUGCCGGAUUUGCCGAAGUAUCGGCAUCACGGUCACUUUAUGCCAAAACGCUUUACCGGGAAGCUUUGCGGGUUCCUUUUCGAUCACCUGGAGCGCUGUACGUUCGGCGACCGGCUGCGCUGGGUCGAUCGGACGUCGGGGGUCUUCCAGAUAUUUUGGCGGCACGGCAACGGUGCAUCAGCUACUCCGGAGGAGGACUGCGCGGUCUUCAUGGAAUGGCAUCGGUAUAAAAACCGCCGCUCCCAGGAGUGCGCUGCACUGGACGCGAAGCAACGAUUUCGCGCAGCCUUGAACAAGAUGAAACUGGACGUCGUGAAGAAGUGGGAGAGUGAAGUACCUGAAAAGAACUUUCAGUAUCGCAGAUUUCCAAAAGAAGAUUUAGAAUACCUGUUGAAGAAAGAAGACCAGCGUGUUCCCGCUUCGCCCGCAGUCUCUGGUGACGACGUGUCCGAGACUGAGUCGCAACCGGCCUCGCCCCACGUCCUAUCGAGCCCUGACGCGGACUCUGAGCCAACCUCAUCCGACAGCUUUCAGAGCGCGGGGUCCGAGCCGCUGGCAACACAGUUAACGUCGCCCGCGGUGAAGUCGCCGGAGGAUUGGUGGCAGCCGCUGAUGGAUGUCCGCCAUUCCUACAUGACUCCGCUGGGCUCCGAGGCGCCUUACAGAUUGCUGACCGGGGACGAGAUGGAAGACAUGUUUUACACAUACAACAAUGACGAGAACGCUGACAAGGGGUCGCUUGGCGGCUUAGCACAUAGCGAUGUGCUGCUAUGUACGGACGAAACCCUUCCCCAUGACGACACCAUUGAUGAGAAACUUCUUGACGAUCCAUACGUUGGUGAGCUGCUGCUCAUGGACGAAAACACUCUCGUUUCUACAUUAGGUGACAAUUUGAUUCUAUAGCUAUAGCAGUGUCACUUCGUCCAACGGUCACUUCUUCCCAUCCAGGUAUGCAUGUUCACCCAGGGCUUCUUGUUGAUAUAUUUGCCUUUGCUUUCAUCGCUUUAUUUUACUCUCUCUUAUGCUUUGAACGUGCUGCGGUAUCUUAGCGGCUGUGUAGUGUGCUGCCGCUGAAGUCGCCGGUUAUAUUCCAGUGGCCGCAUUUUCAUAAACAUAGAAAGCAAAAACAUUUUUGGGGGAUAUAUUGAUGUGCUUUAUUGAAGCAGUUCCAUGUGGUCAAAAUUCACCCCGCAGCCCUUCACAAUGAUGUUGUAAGAGCCUCAUUCCGUUAACCAUUGUAAUAAGACGGCGUACAAUGAACUUGUCGCAUUUGUUCGAAGCUGCAGCGUUUAGUAUUGUGGUUACGACUUAUAGUCGUACGAGGGAAAGUAAUGCAAGAGAAUGCCGAUAAAGUUACCCUUCUAUGAAAAGACGAGGGACUGAAAUUUCUGUUGAUUUAGCAAAGCAACGAAGGCGUGCGCUUUGCCUGGUUCUUUUUUACUUCACUGACAGAUAAAAACAGUGUCGGUUUACCAUCAGCCUAUUUUAUGAGCACUGUACAAGACGGUACGUCUCUCCUAGCGAUCUCCAAGUUACCGUGCGUAUACCUCUCUCAAAUAGACAACUUCUUUGCGCGGUUUAUCUUAGCCAGUAAGUCGUAAUUUUUGUUUCCCACGUCGCGUUUCACCGACACCAUGCACAUUGGCGUUCAACUAGAAGGGACUCAAAACAUGUAUACUGUAGCUUUCGCAUCUGGACCUUUUGGACAAGAUCAAUUUUAGUAUCUCUUCUUAUGAGUGCGUUCUGUCUGUCACUUCUUUGAUUUAUUGUUUUUAAAGGGAAACGUGGGUGUCUGUACAAAGCUCGGGUAUAGCGAAGGAAUUGCACCGAAUAUAGUGAACGCGUUUGCAAAGUCUUGGGUAUAUUUCGGGCAGUGGCAAAACAGACCCUAGGAACUUCUGAAGGGAUGUGAGAACUUUCUUUUCGCUAUCUGUGUUGUGUGAGUUGAUCGGACUGGCAAACAUCUGCAAGGUUUUUUUUUCUUUAUCUUUUUUUUUUUUUUUGCUCACUGUACGUUGAACAAACUUUCUAGAUGACUGCAGUCUAAAGUAGGAUAAAACGCACGCAUCCCGAUUUCUCUACUUUCUGGUGGUGGCUCUUUAAUUUGUACGGCAAGGAUCUCAGGCACCUAGCCAGUCCUGUGUAUAUAGUGCUCAUAUACUUCAUUAUUUUGUUACAUAUUGUCUGUCUUUGGUAUCUCCCCGUCAGGGACGGUGUUUAUAUAUGUACAGUGUUUUCGUGGCAGUUUUCGUGGAACGCACUUUAGUGCGUUCGUUGCAAUCUGUGAUGUGAUUAUAAUAUAUGUUUGUUGAAUAAAACAUGGUUGAUUGCUCAGUACCUAUUUUAUUGAUUAAGCUGCUUUAAUUAUUCGAAAUUGCUUCAAGCUUGCACAACA